AUGGAGCCAUAUAAAGUGUCCGUAUAUUUUGUGCUGCUAUUUUCAUUCGUUACAAUUGUUCACGGUGUCAAGGAAAACAAUGGAGAAAAGGCUUUGUCCGGGUUUUGGUACGAAGUGUUGGAAACCAGGCUCGACUUCUUGCAGUACAAGCUGAACGAGAUGGAGCUUACUAGGAAGGAAGAUCAAGAGAAGCUAGAUAUGAAACUAUUUCACCACAGCCUCGUAUUGGAAAGAUUACUGUUUAUUAUAAAUAAAUUGAACCAAACCAUCGAAGAUUUUACAUCGAAGCAAGAUCAAGCAUUGAUUCAGCGGAAUCUGGGCUUGUACAUUCCGAGCAUAUUGUAUCGAUCGUGCAAGGAGGAACCAACGAAGCGAUCUGGCAAGUAUGCAAUACAACCUAACGGAAACGAUGUACCAUACGUAGGGUAUUGUGACCAGACUACAUUCGGAGGAGGAUGGCUUGUGUUCCAGUAUCGUUUUGAUGGAUCGGUGGACUUUUGGCGCAACUGGACUGAGUAUCGCGAUGGGUUUGGAAGCAUGGAUGAAGAGUUCUGGCUCGGGAAUGCAUUGAAAUCUCAUAGAGACAUGAAGUUCUCCACCAAGGAUCGGAGAAAUGAUAUUCACCCAAUUGAUGACUGUGCUAACUUAUACAAAGGAGCAUGGUGGUAUAACGAAUGUAUGCAAUCACAUCUGAAUGGACUGUAUUUGAAUCGAAACAGUGCAACAUCUAUUGGUUGGUACUACUACAAAAAUUCAUGGGAAGGUUAUGCAUACUCAAGAAUGUCGAUUCGUGAAGUUUAA